AUGACAUCAAUUAAAAAUGUUAUUUUACAAAAUAUAAAAAACAGCAUACAAAAUUCAUUUAUAUCAAUACUAGCUGAUGAGACUACAGAUGUUGGACAUUUUGAACACUUGUCAAUUGUUUUUCGAUAUUUUGAUGAUAAAAAAAAUAGACCAGUAGAAAAUUACAUUACUUUGAAACAAAUGAAAUAUGUUACAGCUCAGGCUAUUUUUGACUGUCUUCAUGAUGUAUUGAUACAAAUGGGAAAAGAUUGGCACUCAGUUUUAUCAGUAUGCUUUGAUGGUGCUUCUACAAUGACUGGUAAAAUAAUAGGCGUGCAAACAAAAUGUAAGGAACAAAAUUCAAGUAUUAAAUAUGUUCACUGUUAUGCACACUGUCUAAACUUAGCACUUGUUGAUUCGGUAUGUGAUAAAUCGAAAAAUUCCAAAAGAAACAAAUUGGUAUUCAAUUUUUUUGGCACCAUACAAUUUACCUAUAAUUUUAUUGAAAGUAGUGCAAUGAGGCAUGCAAUUUUGGAGAAAAUAUCUAAAGAUGUAGGAAUCAAGUUACUUACAUUAAAGUCUUGUUCUAUUACUCGGUGGGCGUGUCGAGCAGAAGCAGUCAAAUCAGUACCUAAUAACUAUGAAGUUUUGCUUUUAGCCAUAGAUGAAAUUUGUGAAAGUAGUAGUGUUCCAGAAAUGUGUGCGAAAGGGGACUAA